UGGAGAAUUGAUUAGCUAGCAGUCUGCAGCACAGAACAAGGGCAUUAGGCUUUCUCCAGGAGGAGCUGCAAAUAGAUUUUGAAGGCAGGACAUGCACUACUGCUGUCCGCCUCCCUGUCUACGAAUCAUCCAAUCUGGAGGACUGCUGUGUUCAUCAAUUCAAUAUCUGGGAGGGUUCUGAAAUAGAGAGGGUACAAUGAUAGGGAGGAAAGAGGAGGGCUGAAGGAGGAGCUGACACAGCCAUCAUUUAUUAUUAUAUGUGUAUGAAUGGAGACUCUAUCGGACGCUGUACUGCAGAAUGAAGAAGCAGGGGCACAGAGGGGGAUCGGGGAUGCAGGGGAAAGGAGCUGGAAGAAUUUGGAAGGGGAAUCCUUAUUCCAAGAGAGUGCUGGACAGGAGAUCCCAGGAAAUGAUAGGCAGUUUCAAGACCUGUCCCUUCUGAAUGGAGCUGGAGAGAGCAAGAAAGGGAAUGCUGAAGAAGAGAUGGUACCUGCGCUAGUGCAGAGGAGUGGGAAGUACAAGGGAGAGGAGAUGCAGAAGGAGACUGUGAUGAUGGAGCUAACAGGACUGGUCCAGAAAGCUGUUAAUGAGAGCAGCUGGUGGGAGAGACGGGGUAUCGACUGUGCAAUACUCACCGCAGCUUUCCUCUCCUUACCUGCAGGUUUCCUGUUGCUGGGUUGUUCUCACACCCUACUCUUCUCAUUGGGAAUCCUGGUCAUGGGGACGGCACACGCGGUUAUUACCGUAAAGGGGACUCACCUAGCCAGCCAUGGGUCGCUAAGCGAGUCCCAGGCUUGGGGCCGAUUCUGGGCCGUUUUCUUUAUUGAGCUGUGUGGUUCGUUCACUGCGAGGGCGGGGGUGCAGGCUCACAUCAAGAUGCACCACGCCCACACCAACAUCAUCGGCCUUGGAGACUCCAGCACCUGGAAGCUUCCCUUCCUCCCGCGAUACGUCUACAUGUUCGUGGCACCGCUGGCUGUGCCCAUUAUCACCCCAGUGGUGGCGCUUGGACUCCUGAAGGACCUCUCCAUGGGUAUUGCAUUGCGGGCGCUGUGCAUGAUCACACUGGGUCUCUACUCCCAGUACUGGCUCCUCCUCCACCUGUCCGGAUUCCAGUCCCCAGUCUCUGCCCUGCUCUGCAUGCUGCUGUGUAGAGCCGCCUUCUCCCUCCCCUACAUUCAUGUCAACAUCUUCCAGCACAUCGGACUUCCCAUGUUCUCUCCCAGCCGGAGGCCCAGCAGGAUACAUCAGAUGACGCACGGUGUGUUGAAUUUACCCAGAAACCCUCUGCUCGACUGGACGUUCGGACACUCCCUCAUCAGCUGCCACGUGGAACACCAUCUCUUCCCGUUCCUGUCUGAUCACAUGUGCCUGAAGGUGAAACCCAUCGUCUCAUGCUACCUCCGAGAGAAGCGGCUGCCCUAUCAGGAGGACAGCUACCUCUCCCGCCUGCGGCUGUUCCUCAGGGAGUAUGAGGAGCUCAUGGUGUUUGCUCCGCCCAUCACAGAGCUGGUGGGCAUCCAGUGAAAAGGGGAGGGGCCAGGAGUUCAGUCAGCCCCUUCCAACGUCUAACACUGUGGACUGGGAGUCCAUAGUUUUGAGUAACACUAAAUCAAGACUAAAAAUGUGAGACUAAAUAUCAAUCGUUGCUGAAUAAUGCACAGGCAAUACUUUCAAACUCUAUUUGUUAUUAAUCUAUUGUUAUAACAUAUGGUAGGCAUUAAUAAUAGACUAUUAAACACCAUUUACAAUUCUAAUAUGAGUAAGAAACAGACUACUCACAAGCUCCUAAAUUAAAUGUCUUAUUACUGGUAUCUUUAUCUGGGAUGUUUUUACUAGCAGAAAAAAAAAACGUGCUCAUGUUGUAGUCUUACCACAUGUUAAUUACAAGGUAAUAACACAAGCAAUAAUCUAGCAACAUGAAUGUUUAAUGGCAAUGCACAGUAAAGUACACACUGGUCUGAUGCACAACAGUAUGCCUUUAAUGAUAAGCUUUAAAGACAGCAUUCACAUGCACAGUAAUCACUGCAGAUGGUGUUCAUACUGCAAGGGCAUUUUUUCCUCUCUGGUAUUUCCUUGUGGAAUCAAGUUACAUGCAAUAAGUUGCACAGUAGGUUGAUCACAAGUGUUACAUUAUCCUGUGUCUUUAAUGCAUGCUGGUCCACGCUAUUGGAGAGUGGGCAAGUGGAAAUGUCCUAUAGGGAGAAGUGGAGCCCACACACCUGCUGCACCUCUGAUGAUGUUAGUCAAUGUCUGCAUCCAAUGUAAAACAUUCUCAUUUGAAUUGGAUCUUAAUUGAAUUGUAUCCUGUGUUAUGUACAUUUUGAAUGUUGUCUGAUUCUACACUCCGUCUAAAGCACAUGUACCUUGUGUUUAUAAUUUAGAAACAUGUAUUUCCUGGUUCUAUUAUAUCAAAUUAAACUGGAAUAACGGAACACAAUGUAAUAGAAAAUAAAAUUGGGCUAACAAUGUGUUACUAUAUGCUAAUAUUGUAUGUAUGUAUGUAUGUAUGUAUGUAUGUAUGCAUGCAUGUAUGUUUGUAUGUAUGUAUGCAUGGUGGCUUAUUUACAAUAGUCAAAUGAAUACUACUUAUA